AAACAUUUUAUUUUCUUAAAUAUAAUUAAUUCUUUAUUUUCUUCUAUUUAAGCUGACAAUUUGGAGAAUUAAUAUACGCUUGGGGAAGAGGCUAUCCAACUAUGUGACGAACUGUAAAUGGUUCUACCAUGGUGGAAAUAAUCACAAUUUCCACCAUGGGUUCAAUAUAAAGACAAUUGUAUUGAUUAAUUCUAUUAUUAAAGUUACAAUUUCAUUCUCAUUGUAUGUUUUAUUUAUUUCCUAAUAAAAUAUGUCAUAUGUAAAUAUAAAUGUUUAAUGAAAACGGGGACCCAAAUGUAUAAUUGCCCCCUCUCGUUUACAGCUGCGGACACCUAUGGUUAUUCUCAUUUUAAUUAAUGAUUUUGUACGAUUUACAAUUAGUAAACAAAUGUCACAAACUGUCUGAUAGCGAAGAAAAUAAUUACUUACGUCCAUCAAGAAUAAAAAAAACUUAUCUUAAAACUGUUUCACAGUUUACUGAUCGUAACAGUGUGUGGUGCUGACCUUGAUUAGUAGCAAAAUAGCAAUUUUGUAUACGGCCUUGGGGGCCGGCUAAUCAAAAGUUAAAAUUGUGUCACGUGUCGGCGACUGAAGUUCGAAUCAGGCUCGACUGUAGCCGCUCGAGGAUUGGAAGUCCACAAGUGCAUAUCAUCCCCUCGCCUUUCGUCUUCGAGCUGGUUUUGUUGAGAAUUCUGCCCGGAUUCCGUCUUUUAAUAUGGCUCAAGAAACUGCUGGAACGGUUAUAAAAUGCCGGGCUGCGAUCGCAUGGGAAGAGAAGAAACCCUUGUCAAUAGAAACUGUGGAAGUCAGCCCACCCAAAGCCGGUGAAGUUCGCAUAAAAAUUGUGGCUACAGCAUUGUGCCACACAGAUGAAUAUACCUUGAGUGGAGCAGAUCCAGAAGGCACUUUUCCCUGCAUAUUAGGCCACGAGGGAAGUGGUGUUGUUGAAAGCGUUGGUGAAGGAGUGACUUCUGUGAAACCAGGUGAUCGUGUAGUGCCAUUGUAUAUACCUCAGUGCAGAGAAUGUAAAUUUUGCAAGUCUUCCAAAACCAAUCUUUGUAGCAAGAUUCGUGCCACUCAGGGCCGGGGAGUCAUGCCUGAUGGUACAACACGUUUUACAUGUAAUGGUAAACAGAUCUUUCAUUUUAUGGGCUGCUCUACCUUCAGUGAAUAUACUGUUGUGGCAGAAAUAUCUGUCACAAAGAUUCCUGAUGCUGCUCCAUUUGAUAAAGCGGCACUAUUGGGAUGCGGAGUACCAACUGGUUAUGGAGCUGCCCUUAAUACCGCUAAGGUAGAGAAAGGCUCAACAUGUGCCAUAUGGGGUCUUGGUGCAGUGGGUUUGGCUGUGGCAAUGGGUUGUAGAGCAGCGGGAGCCAAGCGUAUUAUUGGAAUUGAUUUGAAUGCUGAUAAAUUUGAAACUGCAAAAAUUUUUGGCUGUACGGAAUUUGUAAAUCCAAAGGAUUUGAACAAGCCAAUACAAGAAGCUCUUGUGGAGAUGACUGAUGGAGGUUUGGAUUACACAUUUGAAUGUGUGGGGAAUGUGAAUACUAUGCGUGCUGCUCUGGAAUCAUGCCAUAAAGGAUGGGGCGUGUCUGUUAUUGUUGGAGUUGCUGGAGCUGGUCAGGAAAUAAGUACACGUCCAUUCCAACUGGUCACUGGAAGAACGUGGAAAGGAACAGCAUUUGGAGGUUGGAAGAGCAGAGACAGUGUGCCUAAACUGGCUGAGGAAUACUUGAAUAAAAAGUUGUUAUUAGACGAGUUUGUCACCCACAAAAAACCUUUUGCUGAAAUUAAUGAAGCAUUUGAACUUCUCCGGGCUGGUAAAUGUCUUCGUGCUGUUAUUACAUAUUAGAAUGAUGGCACAAACUGUGCAAAUUCACAGCUCAUCUUGAAAAUAUUUUGCUAUUGUGUAUUAUACUCAUUAACACAAUGCCAUUGGUAUUUUGAGCAAGUUUGUAUUCUAAAAAAUAUUGAUAAUAAACUUGGGUUAAUAUUUACUUUGCAAUUCAUGUAGCAUUUUUUUCAUUGCGAAUAUUUUUUAAAGCUUUUACAUACUUAUAGCAAGAUGCACACACGCUUACUUCCAAAAUAGAAGUUAUCUUAGGUAUACAUUUUAUUUUUAUUUUCUUCCUAUUUAUACAAGCAUUUGAGGUUUCAACGAUUGAAUCAAGUAUAACAACACAUCUCUUCUAUCUAUUGUAUUGCCCUGUGAAUUAAUUCUUGGAAGCGGCACACCAAAUUUGAAAAUGCAAUAAUGCUUUCAAAUUUCCCACCGUUGCUCUCUUGGAUCUCCUUUGAGAUAAUCCAAAUAUUCCACUUACACUAGCAUGAGAUAAGAAGACCCAAUCUCAGCCAAAUAUGCUUUCUAGAACAAGUUAUAGAAAAGGGAAAAACCAUUAUAGGGUAAAAAAUCAAUGGACAUCAAGUAUCCAACAAAAGGUUCAUGAACAACAUAGUUCUCUUCAGAACUUAUGUAACAUGAAAGUGCAUCUGAAUAUCGUAGAAGUACAUCAGAAAAAAAUUGCAAUACAAAACAGAAAUUGGAUUUGUUUAAGAAUGUUUAUUUACAAGUAAUGUUUUUUUUUUUUUUCAUUGGAAAGAGAAGUAAAUAGAAAAUCAUCAGCUUGGGGAAAAUUCUCCUUAUGAAUAAAAACUUCAGAUUAAAAGAAGAGAAAUUUUGAAUACAAUAAUUUUGCCAAUCAUGACGUGCGGCACACAAACGUGAUUCCUCACUGCGCAAUACCUGAAUAAGAUCAUGGUAUCACAAAAUAAGAUCAUGGUAAAUACAAAGAGAAGUAGUACACCUUACCCUUGCACACAAGAUUCAAAAUGUGGCAAUAAGAAAGAGAGCACAAAUCAAAAACACCUUAGAAAAAGUUUGGUUGAAACUAUUUGAAAUGGAAAUGGGGAGGACAUGUUUUAUGUAUCCAACAAAAAUGUGGGACUCAUCAUUUAGCAUCACGGGACUGCAGGCACGCAGCAGGAAUGUAAGAAGACAAAGAAGAAGAUGGGCAGACGACUUCAAAAAGAUAGUGCCCAGAUUAUGGACAAGUGUGGCAAAAUGGAAAUACUGUAUAGGCCUGAAUUAUUCACAAAAACAGUCACUGCGAUAAGUAUACAAGUGAUGAAAAAGGGAAGUAGUGAUUAAUGAUUUCAAAUAACAAAUGGUGUUAAGAAUCAAGUGACUAGAAAUGGUAAUUAAAAAAUACUCUUUUCAAAGUGCUGCUCAAGAAUCAUUUUUCGAUGUAAGCUACCUACCUAGCUGGAGACCCUUCUCGACAUGGGAUGUUAAUGGCUAUUAUUACUGAUGAUAAUGAUAAUCUCUCUCUCUUAUGCAUGUAUACACUUACCAAGACUUCUUUUUCCAAAAUACCUCCUAGGCUACAAAAGAUCCCACUUGAUCUGUUUAAUUCAAGAUCUUCAAAAAAAUAAUGAACUUUAUAAAAGUUUUUCUUUCCUGGGGAAAGAAACUAAUGUUUUACAUUCACAUGAUGCUGUCAAGAGCACCACAUUAUUAGCUUCACUGUCACUUGAAAGCAAGAUGUGUACUGAAUAAAAUAAACAAGUACUUUGUGAUCCAGUGCAGAAAAAUCAAUUAAAUUGAAAUACUGUUUCACUCUAAGGUUUCCACAAAUGGGGUCGAUUUAUAUAGAAGCAAUUUCCUUAAGUUUGUAUUGGAUACAAAAAUCUGUUCUUAUCAAUGAAAAAUUUCUAAAUGAUUUCAUGAACUGGAAAUUGGAACCCCUCAAUCUAAUGAUCAGCGUGGCAUUAUUACUGAAAUUGCUAACAAUCUUGCCAAGAUCCAGCUCAGAUUUCUAACAUCUUAUGAAAGCUAUCUAGCUAUCUUACACCUAGUAGAUUCUUUAAAUAUAAUAGUUACAAUAGAAUUAUUAAAAUGUCUCUCAAUAAUUGUGCAGAUUUUACUGCAGAAGGACAUAAGUUAUUCGUAAAAUCAGUUUGUUACAUAGAUCAACCCAAUGAAGCAUUUAUUGAAAUUUAUUUAUUGUAUAAGUAAUUUUCAAUUUUAUAUUUACAAAUAUAUAUCGGAUUAAAAAGUGAAUUAUUAAAUGUAAAAAGACACUAAGUGUGUAAUGAAUUUAAUUUUUUCUGAAGUAGUCUUUCUGUUUAUUAUUGGGAACUGGAUUUAUAAGUACUACAAAGUAUAUUAAUCCCUCACAAGACUGUUUCUCUUAAUUCUUACAUGCAGUACAUUCAUCUGAUCCUUUACUCUGACAAUACUGCUCAAUGAUAUUUUGAAAAGUAUUAUUAUUAGUUUUGAUUCCACAAUGGAAUGUGUACAGUCAAAUACUCAUUGAUUAGCAUUAUACCAUGUUUGAACACAAUUGAAACUGAGAACCUCUUAAGUCACCUUCACACAAUCAAAAGGGGAGUUCAUUUCUCUUUCACAGCCCAUUUCAGUCAUUCAUCCCAUUCCAUGACUGAGUUCAAGUUACGUGCAUUAGCUUAUCAGCAUUACCAAUUUUGAAGUUGGACUUUAUGGCACAUAUUACUUGAAAUUAUUAUUUUUCUGUACAACAUCAUACACCAUUCAGUUAUAAGAAAUUUCUAUAAUGAACUACACACAUACAUUACAAAAUUAAAAAUUGAAUAUGUUAAGAUUAAUAUAGUAACAGACAACUAUUUCAAAUCAAAUAUGCACAAUUAGAAAUUAGCAGAAAUACUAAGCUUAUUAACAAAAUGGAAAAUAUGCAUCACAAAAUUAUGAGUAAUUAAAUGGAAAAAAGCACAUUCCAACUGGGCAAAUUUCUGACUUCAGGGGGGAACUUUGCAUUAAAAUCCAGUCCCUACUGAUUACUUACUAACACAGGCAAUUAUCUGCAAAAUAUUACAUUACACAUUAAUAAAUAAUAGAAAAAAUAAUGUUCUCAUAUGAGAGCAUACAGCUCAACAGAAUUAUUUUAAUUUUUAUACGAUUCACUAUCUUGCAAUAUUUGAAUCAUUGCUUUAAAUAUAUAGCUAAUCAUAUAAUCAAGA